AUGUCUCCUCUGUCCAAACAUCAUGACCUCCAUCCACAAUCACUACCACCGUCAUUGUCUCCUCUACCCAGCGAGCUUGUGAGAUCCAACUCAUCGGCGAUUGUAGCUUCUAAGCAUCACAUAGUAGCUUAUGCAAAAAUAGAUAACCUAAAUCCUCUUUCAAGAGAACGAGGUAAGACUAAAGAAAGACAACACCUCAAGCUACGUAAUGCAAAUAUUCCAUCAAUAUUGGGGACCCCUGGCAAGUGGCAACUGAGCAAGUUAGCUAGCCUCGUACCCGAGGAAGGAGGUGUGGGCAUAACAAGAUGCAUGUUCAGUGUAAAAAUGGAAUAA